AUGUCUUAUCAUUACAAUGAAGCCUUUGAAAAUCCAGACUACCACUUUUCAGAAACACUGGAAAUUGAUAAAAGGAGGAGUUCACAAAAGAAUCUGUUCUCUCACCAAACCCCUUAUGAUUCUUCACUGCAUGGUUCCUACGGAGAACACAGCGGAAGAGGACAGAAUUACCCUCUGGCCAGAGCAAUGGCUUCCAUGAGACCUGGCUCUGAAUACAGCGAAGUUUUACCAAGAGUUAAUGUCCUAAGCAGAAGUCCAUAUGGAAAUACCAUGGAUAAUCUUUCCUUUGAGCCUGAGCCAGAACUGGCAUACAGCCCACUUUCUACCUUCCAUCUGUUGGAUCGCCCCUAUACCCGCAGAAUUUCCGAUAUAUCGGAAGAUAGCUUUAUUCGAAGACACAGCAGAAGACCACCUGAGGAAAUCUGCAUGACUUCUUCCAGCCUGUUUGAAACAGAUCCAGUGUGCAAAGAAGAGGAAAAGUUAAUUGGAAAUCUUGCAAGUAUGUCCACCAGUGAAAGGAUUAAAGCAAUCCAGAAGAUGCCAGAGACCAUGACAAAAAAGAGAGAGAUCAGGAAUAAAGUUCUUAGAGAAAUAACCAAAAAAUCAAGGCACCACAGUACUCAACUUUCCUGCUGUACACAGUGUCUGCAGGGAUCAGUAGUGUCAUUUCGGCAAUUUGGAAAUAGCUUGUCAGAAUAUUUUCUCCUACUGCAGUUAUGGCACAAGACUCUGAAGAUCAUUGGUGCUGAGUUUGGAACAAGUGUUCUUUCUUAUUUUAUUUUCUUGAAGUGGCUGCUAACUUUCAACAUCUUCUCAUUCCUCAUAAACUUCAGUUUCAUCACAAUCCCUCAGUUUUUUGCAGCAGAACCAAAUAACCUUUCGUUCACGGGUCUGGAGCUGUUUACUGGAGCUGGUUAUUUUCAAGAAACAGUACUCUACUAUGGCUUUUACACCAAUGCUACAAUCAGUAAAAUAGAGAAUGGUCCAUCUUACAAUGUGCAGCUGGCCUAUAUUUUCACUGUUGGAAUACAUUUUGUCAUCUGUUUUCUUAUCUUGUUGUUCAGCAUGGCAAAAUCCUUCUGCAGGAACUUCGUUAACCCUCAGGCAUACCCUGGAAAUGCUAGCAAACUUCUCUGCGCUUGGGACUUCAGUAUAACUAAUGAAAAAGCCGUGAAGCUGAAACAAAAGAAUCUCAGCACACAAAUAAAGGAAGACUUCACUGAAGUAAACCGAGAAGUUCUAAAUUUUUCUAUAACAGAGAGAGUUGUUCGUAUUGUUAUUCAUCUUGUUUCUUGGAUUGCUUCCGUGGGAACAGCAGUAGCUGCUUGUGCUGGUGUUUACUUACUCUCUGUUAAUAACCUAAAGCUGUUUGUGAAAGGGAGUAAAAAUGACCUAGAGAGCCAAGCUGCUAUGUUGGUGCUACCUGUUGUCGUAUCUUUCCUCAAUGCAUUCAUCCCAUUCUUCUACUCGUGGCUUGGACACCUGGAGAGAUUUCAGACUCCUGGACAUCAGAUAUACGUCACUAUUGCCAGAAAUACCAUCCUGAAAAUAUCAAUUGUUGGAAUAUUGUGCUACUACUGGCUUAACAUUGUGGCUACAUCAGAGUCACAGUGCUGGGAAACUCUGGUUGGCCAAGAUAUCUAUCGUCUUGUUCUAGUUGACUUCAUAUUUUGUUUGCUUGGCUCGUUCUUUGGAGAGUUUUUACGAAGAAUUGUUGGAACUACAUUCUGUGUGAGCCUGGGGCUGCCGGAAUUUGAUAUCGGACGAAAUAUUUUAGAUUUGAUCUAUGCACAGACUUUGACCUGGAUUGGUAUCCUCUUCUCACCUCUGCUGCCUGGUAUCCAGAUGAUAUCAUUUUUUGUAGUAUUUUAUGUGAAAAAGGUCAGUCUGAUGAUGAAUUGCCAACCCCCUUGCAAAGUCUGGAGAACUGCUCAAAUGACAACAUCAUUUAUGUUCCUGCUGUUUUUCCCUUCCUUCCUUGGAGUCCUAUCUGUCAUUGGAGUCACUGUCUGGAGGUUAAAACCUUCAGAAGAAUGUGGUCCUUUCAGAGGUUUGUCUUCUAUGUAUGCUGCAGUCUCUGAGUGGAUAAAAAUACUGGAAAAUUACACUGCCUCAAAAUGGGUAGUGUGGAUCUACCGUAACUUAAUUACAAGUGAACUUUUCUUCUUCGUUCUUUCCGUUCUUGUCCUGUAA